AUGACUAUUUUUUUGUCAGAUAUCUCGCGAUUGAAGAAAGAUAUUAUAUCUGAAUCAAACGUUCUGGGUUGGUUAGAUUGUGGAACCAGUUGCUUGGAAAAACGGGCCUGUGUUGCUUUCAAUUUCAAGGAAAAGGCAAAAGAGAACGAAAUCAACUGCCAAUUAACUCACAAUGCUGAUCUUAAAUUUGAAAGAGCAAGCGGAGAAGACAGUGGCUGGACAUUUUAUGAGACAGCUGGAGAAAGAAUGGUUAGAAUAUAUACUAUAAAUAUGGAUAUAAGUCUUUAGUAAAUAUUUAUAACUAGAUAAAAUACGCCUACAGUAAUAUCCCGUAUAUUAAAUACUGUAGUUUUUAUCUCAAUACUACCAAGUAUGAACAUCCUUAUAUUGGUUGCUCAUUUUUUGGCCAGCAACUGAACUGGUUUGAACUAAUUAUUAACACGUACUAUAUUCAAAAAAAAAUUUGUCAGUGAAAACGUUUUUAUUCUAUUUGAGAAACCUUUUCCACUAGCUUAUUACUUAAAUUAUACAUUAUGAUUGUAUGACUCAUCGUUAAUUCAUGAGAAUUUUUCAAGAGAAAUCAAUCUUUAAUGAGGUGUUGUAUCCAAAUGUGAAUUCUCCUAAUUUACUAAAAUUUAUCGCUCGCUUAUUUUGUUCAAUUAUUUUUAAUGAUUUAUUUAAACACAAAUUCUUACGUUUGACAAGCUAUAUAAAGUAUUCAAGUCCUUGGUGUAUCAGAAAUACAACCCCUAACCUUAGACAUGAGUUUAUACAUUUGAUCCAACCCGACCGCUAACGCUAUUAUAUAUUACUUAUUUCAGUUCGGAUGUGACGAAGAAUAUGAAUGUCUGGAUGGUGAAAAGAUGAUCUGGGAUUCAAAGAAACCACUUGAAUGUAAAUGUCGGAAAAGCAGUUACAUGGGGCACCUUUGUGAAAAGUGUAAGUAA